UAAUCAGAGGAAUAGAGACCAUUGGAUUCUGAAUUGGGCAGCUGGAGCCAUACUUGGUCGUUCUCCAUGAGAUCAAUGACAGCACUGCCAGAAGCUUGGUCCAGGUAUCCUUUCUGGUACUCAUCGUAUGUGUACAUGAUGGGGGAACCAUUUUUGUAGAGUGCAACCCAAACAUUUGUUCCCUUUGCGUGUACGUGGUAGGAGAAAUAGUACAGUCCAGGGGUUCUGCAGGUGAAGAUUCCUGUUCUGGGGUCAUAGUGUUGCUGCCUAUUGUACAAGAUUUUAUCAAAUUUGAUAGGGACUGUUGCUGCAGGGUAAGCUUUUGAGAGGAUGACACUGAAAGCAGACACCGGCAUCCCAGUAAGAGCUUGGUUUACUCCUCCCUUUAUGAAAGAUAUUCCUGAUAGCUCCCGAGACUCUCCUGCUUUAACAUAGCCUUCAGGCAUCUGUGGGAUUACAGCUUGGCCAGGGGGACCAGGAGGCCCGGGGGGGCCUGGCAUGCCAGGCUCGCCAGUGCUGCCUUUAGGCCCAGGGGGUCCAGGUGGUCCCAUGGGUCCGCUUAAGCCUUUCGUGGAAAUACCUGCUGGGCCUGGCAGUCCUGGUGCUCCCGGCUCACCCUUUGCACCCUGGGCUCCUGGCAGACCAGGGGGGCCAAUGGGGCCUCUGAUCCCAGGUAUUCCUGACGGCCCUCUGGGGCCUGGCUCUCCAUUGAUCCCUGGCACUCCCUUGGCUCCUUGUGGACCCAUUGGACCAGGCAAUCCAGGUAGCCCGGCAUGGCCGGUGUCACCUUUUGGACCUGGGAGACCUGGGUGUCCCUUAGGACCAGCAAGACCCUGCUCACCUGGAUAUCCUGGUUUUCCCUCUGCUCCUGAAGACUGUGGGACAUAUUUCCCAGAAGUGAAAAAUCAUCCAGACAAAUAUUUACAGAGAUGUCCAGAGUCUGUAAAAAAGUGGCUGAAACAACUGAAAAAUGCUGGGAAGAUUCUGCUAUUAAUUACGAGUUCUCACAGCGACUAUUGUAGGCUCCUCUGUGAACAUGUUCUUGGGAAUGAUUUCGAAGAUUAUUUUGACAUUUUGAUCACAAAUGCUUUGAAACCUGGUUUCUUCUCCCAUACACCAAACCAAAGACCUUUCCGAACUCUUGAGAAUGACGAGGAGCAGGAGGCUCUGCCGUCACUGGACAAGCCCGGCUGGUAUUCUCAAGGUAAUGCUACCCAGCUCUUUGAUCUGCUGAAGAAGAUAACUGGCAAGCUGGACCCCAAGGUUGUUUAUUUUGGUGACAGCAUGCACUCAGAUAUUUUCCCAGCUCGUCACUAUAGCAACUGGGAAACUGUCUUCAUCCUAGAGGAGCUUCUAGGGGACAAGGUUACAGUGCCUGCAAAGGCUGAAUCUGAGCCCUUGGAGAAGAAAGGAAAAUAUGAGGGAGAUCAGCUCAAAGCUCCUUACUUUGUAUCUAAACAGUGGGGCUCUUUCUUCAUGGACAGAGUACCAGGCCUGGAAAACGCAGAGGAAACCUUAGUUCGCACGUGGUCCUGUAAAUGUAUUAGCACUUACAGUACUAUUGCAAUCCCUAGCCUUGAAGCAAUAGCAGAUUUACCGCUGGAUUAUAGAUUUACACGAUUUUCCUCAAAUAGCUCUGCAACUGCCGGGUACUACCCAAGCCCUCCAAGAGCACUGCUGCCAAAUGAGGAGUCAGUGACUGUGAAAUAGGUUUUUGGCUUUUUCCUUAAAUAACCCUAUGGCCCUUACUUAAACUGCUAUCAAAUGCUAAUUGGUGAAAAUGCUGUGUGAUGCUUCAUAAAAUAGAGUGAUGGAUUAAAGCAGAUUCCUGUGUAGA